CUCAUCCACCCAGAGCAGGUUCUCUCCUUCCGUUCCUCGGGUCCGGCUACCCACCUAUUUUUUGUUAUUUACUUUUCACUCCCCCCGCGUUCCGAUAAAAAAGAAAUGCAUCUCCUUCUCCCCCCACUCGCCCUCACCCUGGCGCUCGUCCGCCUGACCACCGCCCUGCCCCUCAACAUCAACCUGGGCGCCUACUCCCCCGCCCUGGUGGUCGGUGACGGCGCCAUCUCGUUUGAAGGAGAAGAAGGCGCAGCAGCCGGCGGGGGCCAGUCGGCGGAACAGAUUGUCAACGCCCUCCAGGGCGCGGCUGUCUCGGGUGCCUCCGCUGCUGCUGCUGCUGCCGCCGCGAACAACAACAACAACAACAACGGUGCUGCGAGUGUGACGCCUCCAGCCGUGGGCGCUGCUGCGGUGGUGCAGAUCGAUGAGCCGAGCCCGACGGUGGUGUUGUUGAACGACCCGGCGACGUCGGUGUCGGGAAAGGAGCUUGAUCCCCGCUUGCGAUGAGUCCUGUAUGAUGUAUUAUGUAUUGUAUAUUGUACAGUACAAACGCCAAGUACCGUGGCACACAUCGCCCCAGGACUCCUUCAGGAAGAUUCCGGGCGCGAUGAUCACCUGUCAUUUGCGACGGUGGCCCCUUCCACCGCUCACGAGAUGAGGGGUUGCGGCAUAUGACUGGUGUGCUGAAACUGAGAAAGGUAUAGUGCGGGAAGGCGGUUAUUGUGAGGAUAUGUUGGAUAUUCCCCUAAAGAAGUGGUAGACAAUGUGGCGGUGUGCGGCAAGUUGUUGUCUGUCU